GCAAGUGAAGUCAGAGAAAGUGUUUUGUUCUUCCAGACUCUCAAUAGCAGUUAUCCCCUCUGUUUUUUUUUCCAAUCCCUUAUUGGAAUAGGGAGAGUGGAUUCCCAGAAUGUUGCUGAUCCUUUUCUCCAUCUCCCUGUGUUUUUCCCGGGUCUCUCCCGAGACUAAUGCACUCACUCGGAUUUACACAAUUGUUGCUGGAUUGAAGGAUUUUCCUGAGGUUGCAAGCACUGCCAUAGUCAAUGGAGUUAUCAUCAGUUCUCGUGACAGUAAAACCCAACAGUGCUUCCCCAGGCAGCAGUUCUUGGCAGAUUACUUCGAUAUGAAUUUCUGGAAUUAUGUCACAGAGCUAGUGAACAUACAUGCAAACAUGGCGAAGGAAACAAUGAGUACAAUAAUGAAGAGGUCAAACCAGACAUCUGGAGUUCACAUUUUUCAACGGAUAACUACUGCUGAGGUCAGUGAUGAUGGCAGCAUUAAGACAUCUAUAAGAUUUGGAUUUGAUGGAAAGGACUUUAUCAGUUUAGACCCAGACAGAAUGAGAUGGAUCGCAUCCAAUCCCAUUGCAGUGAUGACGAAGGAGAAAUGGGAUUCUGAUGAUUCCUUGAACAACUACUGGAAAAGACACCUGGAAGAUACAUAUGUUGAAUAUUUAAAGAGAUAUCUGGAAGCUGGAAAGGAUUAUUUCAAAAGGAAAGUUCAGCCUGAAGUGUUCAUCUCCAGGAGGGAGCCCAAUGGUCAGGACAAGCCACUCACUCUCUCCUGCCUGGUCACUGGGUUUUAUCCUGCAGACAUCGAGGUGACCUGGCUAAGGAAUGGAGAGGUCAUGUCUGAGACCCAAUCCUCGGGGGUUCGACCGAACCACGAUGGGACCCAUCAGAUCCAGAAAGAGAUUGAGAUCAAUGCUGGGGAUGAGGAUCAAUACUCCUGUCAAAUUGAACACAGCAGCCUGGCAGAGGGCAAGCUCUAUCAGUGGGAAAAUCAGAAAAGCAAUUGGCUGUAUUCCCAUCUUGGAAGUCUCAUUGCAUCAAUGGUUAUUCUAUUGGCUGUUAUUGUCGGGAUAGUCGGAAUAAUCAUCUGGAAAAGGUCACGGAGAGGUUCACCAAGUGAGACCUACACAACAGCUCCCACUUCUGAAGUCUCUGGUGCAGCUUCAUGAUUCAGAACGAUUAUAUUCAUUUACACAGCAGCAGCUUGUGGCUCUUGGAAUCAGCAGAUGUUGAGCUUCAAUUCAGUGUGAACUGGGGGAGUUAAGACCAUCCAACUCCCCAGCAAGCCUUCCCCAAACUAACCAAGAAGCACAGACUGAGGUUUAUUUCAUAUGUGUGUUUCAGAGCUGGAUGGUUGAUAAUGUCUGGGAGUGUUCAUUCCCCGGGA